UAAAAUCUGACUGGAUCCCAAAUCCCACGGAUGCGAAUCGUGACUUUCAAUAUUUAUCUAUUUUACGAAAUUCAUUUAACUUCAGACUAAUUCUUUUCAGUUGGACGAUAUUUUUUUUCCUAAAGAUGCCGAAAGUUUCUGUCAAAGUGAAAUGGGGCAAAGAGACCUACCCAGGUGUGGAGGUGAACACUGAUGAUGAUCCCGUGCUGUUUAAAGCGCAGAUCUUUGCCUUGACCGGAGUACAACCGGAGAGGCAGAAGGUUGUCUGCAAAGGAAUCACCUUAAAAGAUGAUGAUUGGGGAAAUUUUAAAUUGACCAAUAAUGCAUUGGUGCUGGUGAUGGGCAGCAAAGAGGAGGAUGUCCCGGCAGCCCCUGUCGAGAAGACCAAGUUUGUGGAGGACAUGAACGAGUCUGAGCUUGCUUCAGCUCUGGACCUUCCUGAAGGACUGAUCAAUUUAGGCAACACCUGUUACAUGAAUGCUACCGUUCAAUGUCUUAAGACUGUGCCUGAAUUGAAGAAUGCGCUUCUUAGUUAUGACAAAUCGUCGGGCGGCGGCACGGCGGGCGACCUGACGGCGGCGCUGAGCGAGACCAUGUCGGCGCUGGAGGCGGGCGGCGCGGGCGCGUGCGCGGGCGCGGCGGCGCGGCUGCUGCGCGCGCUGCACAGCACGGCGCCGCGCUUCGCCGAGCGCGGGCCGGGCGGCGCGCUGGCGCAGCAGGACGCGUCCGAGUGCUGGGCCGAGAUCGUGCGCGCGCUGCAGCAGCGGCUGCCCGUCGCGCCGCUCGCCAGCGCUGCGCAAGACCGAACAUCAGUGAUCGAGCAAUACUUUGGGGGCACCCUGGACGUGGAACUGGUCUGUUCGGAGGCAGACGAGCCUCCCACCAAGAGCAAGGAGACGUUCCUGCAGCUGUCAUGCUUCAUCUCUCAGGAUGUCAAGUAUCUUCAGUCCGGACUCAGAUCUAAAAUGUCAGAACAAAUCACAAAAAUGUCACAAACAUUAGGGAGAGAUGCUGUUUACACAAAAACGAGCAAAAUCAGCCGUCUGCCUGCAUACCUGACGGUGCAAUUCGUGCGGUUCUACUUCAAGGAGAAGGAGUCCAUCAACGCCAAGAUCCUGAAGGAUGUCAAGUUCCCCCUCGACCUCGAUGUCUAUGAACUGUGUUCCCCUGAACUGCAGGAGAGGUUGGCGCCCAUGAGGGCCAAGUUCAAGGAAUUAGACGACGCCAGUGUAGAAUCGUCUCUAACCGCUCGGAAUAAGAACCAUGGCGACAGCAAAAAGGAGAAAGGGAAUAAAACUGCCGUGCCAUAUUGGUUUGAGAAUGACGUAGGCAGCAAUAACAGCGGUUACUAUCGCCUCCAAGCUGUGCUCACUCAUCGCGGCAGAUCAUCUUCGUCCGGACAUUACGUGGCGUGGGUCGCGCGCGGGGACACCUGGCUGCGGUGCGACGACGACACUGUCACGCCCGUCAGCGAGGAGGAAGUGCUUAAGCUCAGCGGAGGAGGUGACUGGCACUGCGCAUACCUGCUGCUGUACGGGCCUCGCAUCCUGGAAAUCCCUCAGCCCGAGGAGCCGAUGCUGACGGACAUCAGCGAGGACCCCGCCGGGGAUCCCCCCACAGCGCUCGCGUAAUACCAACAGACAGACUGACCGUUUGUUAUACGAUCUAUAUGGGAUUUUGUGGUAAAAUUUGUUAUAUGCAGUUUUCCGAUCCGUUGAAUGGAUUUUUUUGUAUUGAUUUUCUAAAGCAUUUUUCUGUGAUGCUUUUGUGUUCUAUUUUUAACGUCAAAGAAAGAGU